AUGUCUGCUAUCACAGUUCUCGAACCAAGUGGCACCGAAGUCAGCCAAAAGACUUUCACUGAAAAGUCACCGACCUUGAUAGAAUUGGACACUUCUCAGGCGGAUUGCGUAUAUCCUUAUCCUACUGAUUUCAAGAUACACGAGCAUACUCUUGAUGAAACUCGCGAGCUCAAGGUACAGGCAUCAGACACCCAAAUUGCCACGGUCAACUGA